CCACUUCAUGGCCCUCUUGGCUCUCACCCUGGCACUACUGGCAACGACCGUGGCCACCCAGGUCAUAACGGUGCCCCUGGACAUGGCCCUGAACUCCUUCGAUGACCAGUACCAGGGUUGUGGCCCUGACAUGAUGGCGGAGCUCCCAGCCCUGAACCGCUCCGAGUUCCGGAAGAAUCCUCUGUUCGCCCAGGUCUGGCCGAAGGCUGUGGCAGAGUGGAGGAAGGAGGGCUCCCGUAUAGACCCUCUGUCGUCCCCAGCCCAGGCCAUCGCCAUCAUGGCCUACACCUUGGAUGUGUCCAUCAAGCGCAAACGUCUAUAUGAGGAGUUCAACAAGAAAGUGCGAGAGGCCGGGCGCUCCCCCCAGGAAUACCGGGACAAUUUCCACUUCAAAAUUCUGCAUUUCCUGCUGACCGACGCCCUGGCCACACUGAGCGUUGCUCAGGGGCAGAAAUGUCGCUGUGUGUACCGGGGGGUGCACAAAAUCAAGUUCAAGGCAAAUGUUGGUGACAUCGUCCGGUUCGGUCAAUUCGCGUCAUCGUCUCUUUGCAAACGUGCCACCCGCCCGUUUGGGACCACCACGGUGUUCAAGGUGGAAACGUGUCAGGGUGCAGACAUCCAGGCAUUCUCCUAUUUUCCCAAUGAGGAGGAGGUGCUGAUCCCACCCUACGAGAAGUUCAAGGUCACCUAUGUCAAUAACACUGAGGAUGACAAGAGGAAGGUGGAGAUCCACCUCGACUCCAUCGGGACCUACAGCCAAUACAAAUGCAUGUGGCUGAGAGGUGGGAGCGACCCCACGGCCCCUGGCCACCUCGGAGGACUCCUCCUGGCCACCACAGCCCUGGCAGUGGCCACUGGGAUCCUCUGAA